AUGGGCAUGAAGAAAGAACUGUUCGACCCGGCGUCCUAUCCGACAUGGUUUAUGUCGGCGAAAGUUGUUGUACCUCCAAAACUGAGGAAAAAAACUAACAGAAGGCAAAGGGUGUCACCUCGACUCGUCGCUGAUGCAGUUUCUUUCAAGUCGAGCCCUGCUACCGGCGGCAAACACCUCACCGAUGACUCAUGGACCAAUCAAAGAACCGGCGACCACGUCAAAAACCGGAAUACCUGCUAUCGGCGUGCGAUCGGCAAGGACACGACUACCUACGACUACGACUACGUACUGUACAGCCAAUCAUUAACCGGAAUGGGCGGAUCCAGGGACCGAGAAAAUCGGCCAAUAUUGAUCAUCCCUCACCACCCUGACCAUUCGAAUUAUGGAUACCAGGACAACCUUUCGGUGCUCAGUUACCUUGCAUCGGUGCCCGGCGAGAAGGACGUCCGCGCCGGAUUCACGAUCGUCAUCGAUAUGCGAAACGCGGCAAUCAAACAAUUGAAAACAAUUCUUAAAGUCAUACAAAUUGUGUUAUAUGGCAAAGUGGCACGGGUGCUAAUCGUGAAACCGGAACAAUUUUUCGAAAAGCAACGUCUCAGCCUUGAUUUGAAACUCGAAGCUUUCGACUUCAAGGUACGCAUUUCAAUUUCUUUCAUAUGCUGUUAGUU